AUCAGACUCGGUUCGCCGCGUCCGCACGAUGUCGUUGGCUGUAGACCAGUCCACCGCCAAGUGUUGUUCUCUCUUGACUGCCCAGCUGUACUUGAAAGCGGCUAUUGAUCAUACUGCCUUCUGCGCAUGCGUGCGUCUAUUUAGUACUAUACAGGUUAAUAGAGUGAAGUAUGACUUUGUUCGUGUCAGAAGUUUUGCUGCAAUGACUGAAAAACAUAGUGGUUCCGCUGGCAACAUGUGAUCUGAACAAAAAGCAAUGAUUCGUUUUCUGUGGUCAUGUAGUGUGUCGGGGCUGAAUUUUUAUCGAACUGAAACGAAAAAUUCGCUCCAAUCGACGAGGACCUUUUGCCUUAGAAAGACUUGAUGCUGCAUGUCAAUGCACACCCAGAAACGGUGCACCAAACGGUUGCAACUGUUGAGUGUUUGGGUUUUGAGGCGACCGAAGACCCAGCCUACUGGACAAAUCUUGCUUCAUCUGUCUACAAUCUCUUUGGACCUUUCAAAGAUGAUUUACGAGGUCAGACAAUGAAGUUCAGGCAGUGGAGCUGUUAUGAUCGACGUUCUUUCGGAUCCAUAGAAACCCGCGCUCCGUGAAUCGCUAGUAGUAGCGGCGGCACGGCCAAGAUACGCGCCAUCGCGCUACUGUCGAGGAACGAGUUUACGCCAGUGCUGUAUAAUGGGCCAGCCAGCACCGGGAAGGCAGUUCCGGCAGUACAGUGAUUAGCGAGAGUACAUAGUUCCAGUCAGUGGAGACUACGGUAGCUUACGCCGUACUAGGGAGACGGAGACGGGAUCCGGCCAUCAC